AUGGCCCAGGUUUCUUCUGAAGUUGAACAUGUUUCUCCUCAAGAUGAAGCAGCCGCCGCGGAAACCUCAAUCCGGUCCCUACUCAAUGACUGUUCCUCCAUUGGGGACUCGGUCUUGAGGGCUCUGGUUGAAGAAUACGCUUUUCAGGCUCUGUCUGAAGGACUCCUGAGGAAAAGACUGCGUUACACAGUUUGUGCCCCUGAAGCACAUGAAGGUAAUGAUUUGCUUUCCCUAACGUUUCCCAGAAAACUUUGGAGGAUCGUUGAAAGUAACCAAUUUGAAUCAAUUUGGUGGGAUGAGACUGGAACAUCUAUCGUGAUUAAUGAGGAACUCUUCAAGAAAGAAGUUUUGGAAAGGAAGGCCCCCUUCAAUAUAUUUGAGACACAGAGUAUGAAAAGUUUCGUCCGGCAGCUGAAUCUCUAUGGGUUCAGCAAAACAGGAAAGAAUUUUCAACGAUCCGCUUCUCUGGCUGACUUCCUGGCAGAAGAAAGGGAAGCCUCUGUUUUCAACAAGUUACAAUUCUACUGUAAUCCAAAUUUCAAACGAGGCUGUCCCCAACUGUUAAUGAGAAUGAAGAGGAGAGUUGGCACUAAAACUGCUUCUCCCAUACCGGCUUCCUUAGUUCAACAUUUCAACAAGAAGCCCUCUUGCUCAGGGAAGGGGGUAGGUAACCAGAAUACUAGUUCCCAAGCUGAAAGUAGGAGAGAGACUACUGCUUCAACUUCUACAAACAUUCAUGCACCUCAAAUCAAGAAGUCUUCCACCAGCACGGCGAUCGCGAAUACAGUUGUCCCCAUCAGAAAUAGUUUUUCUCUUCCACCAUUAAGUUUGGUCAGUUUACCAGGACCACAUGCUCUCUUAAAUCAGCAGACCCCUUCUUAUGGACGCUCACCUAGCAGCCACACGCAGGGAAACGGUCACCUUGUCAAUCUUGUUACAGCACCAACUUCUCAAUACCUCUCUCCCCCACAAAAACCGACGGCAGAACCCUCCACGUUCCCGAUUGGCCUCCCUGAUUAUUCCACCAACGAGGAUCCUCCUCAAAAGCUCUUCGUACCCGGAAAGAAAUGGAUUCUAGUGCCUGUGAUGGCAGAUACGGCUGCCAGCUUUCUCCCAAGGUUAACUCACAAAACUUCUUCAGCCUAG